AAAUUGUAUUAUUACUUUUUAUUUUAACUAGUUCAUUAAUGUUAUUAUUAUACUAAAUUAAACAAUAAAAAUGUAUUAAAUCAUUAUAAAUUUAUAUAUUAAAACGACAUCUUGUGUUAAUUGAGUAGUACUUCUGCAACGAAAGAUAUGUCACUGUUAUGUUUAGUAUAUGUAUAUUACAUAAAUAUAUAUAUACUUUGUAAACUUGGAAUGUUUCAUAUUCGAAUGAACGUGAAACAACUAAACGUAAUUCUUAACUAUACUCUAAGUUUAACCUUUGAGCAUAGCGCUGUUAUGAUUGGUGAACUAAUAAAUUUCAUACAUACAUUAACAACACCCUCGAUUUAUUUACUCGUUUCUAUUAUUUUGUAUUCUUAUACGAGUAACGAAGUGUAUAUAUCACUUACCGAGUCUGGAACAGCUUUUAUUUUAUUAUUUCAUGCGAUUGGAUAGAAUAAAUGCUCUGUUUGUCUAACUAAAGUGAAUAUAAUGAGCAAAAAUGAGUAGAAGUAGACAAAGCAGUCAGUAAGGUGCAUCAGUUUAUGUAGUUUAAAAAUUCCAAUUCACAUCGUGACACUACGAUUCAUUCUCAAAGCAUGCGCCAACCACCAGUGCGGCAAUAUGAUUAUUUUCUGACCGCGGUGUAUAAGGGUAUACAUAAACGUGUUUGUCUUUCGGUGUUUGACAUAAUAAAUAACCGUAAUGUAAAUAAUACUUUUUUGUCAUUUGAGUCAAUAUGGACAAUAAUCUUCCGGAUUUAACAGCAAACGGAACGAUACAAGAUGGUCACUCCAAUUUGGAAAAAUUAACGCAAUCUUAUUUGUUGUUAAAGCAAAAAAUCUGUGAAACUCAUGAAGUGAUUAAACAGUAUAAUGACAAACUGAAAGAAUGUGAACGCUUAAAAACAGACUUAGAUGCAGCAACUAAACAAACAAAGAAAGUCUCGUGUAAUUAUAAUUCUACAUUAGCUAAAGUUAUUAAAUUGGAACUUCAAAAUACAGAGUAUAAAAAGAACAUUGAAACUUUAAAAGCACAAGUAAAUGAAUAUCAAAUAAAGUUAGCAGCGGAUCAGCAACAUAUACAGCAAUUAAUAUGUAAAAUAAAAGAUGUAGAAGAACAGCAGAAUGAUAAGAUUAUGCAGUAUGAUUUAGAAAAGUCUUCGUUACAGGUGAAAAUUAAAGAAGUUGAACAAGAAUUAAAAAAUGUUAAGAAGUCUUAUGAUACAAAAAUUAAGAAGAUGGAAAAGAAAAUUUCAAUGGAAAACAGCAGUAAUAACAAUACUAGAGUCAAAAUGAAAGAUGCUGGAAUAAAUACAAUAUUCGCUAACGACGAUAUAGUGCUAAAACCGAAAGUCGCGCACAAAUGUAUAAUGACUAAUGAAUUUUAUGACGUAAACGACAUGUAUCCUAUAUUUUGUGCCAAAUGUGAAGUUCAUUUAAAACCAGCUCCUCUUGAAAAGAUAUGCAAAAUAAUGGUGGAGUCAUGUCCAAGACUUAUUGAAAAAAUUUCAUCUCCUAAAAAAGCUCUACCAUCUUUAGAAAUUUCAAAUGAUCUGGAUAAUGAACACUAUGCAACUGAAAGCCUACCGAUAUUGUCUGAAACACAAUUACCGCAUUUACAAGAUCAAAACAAUCAUGUCGACUUAAUUCCUACGAAACUUUUACCUUUGCAUAAUCCAGUUGCAUUAAACCGUGCAGAUUAUUGUCAUAAUCUUCCUCAAAAACCAAAUUAUUAUAUUGGGUCAAUACCGGUUAAUUCUCCCUCAAUGACAAGCUCUAGUACAAGUGACCAAAACAAUCAUUGUGAAGAUAUAACAACGGUUUCAUCUUCGUUGUCACUUAUUUCUUCAUUACAAAAGAGGAUUGACAUGUUAGAAACUAAGAUCAAACAGAAAUUCAAUAAAAGGAAAUCAGAACAAAGCGGUAACUGUUGGCAACAUAAAUAUCCAAAUGUUUGCAUGUACAACAGUAAUUGUAUGCAGUUGAAUUUUAUGGAGCUGUGGAAGAGGAUGGCCGAUUUUUACGAUACCAAGGAGAAGGAUCGAUUUAAUAUGCAUAAGUAUAGAAAUAAAAAUUCAAGUAAAUGUAAAGCAUCUCUCAUAAAACGUAAAAAAAGGUUGCAAAGUGGAUGUGCCGGCUCUUGGAAUGUUGAAACGGUCCCGAAAAAAGUACAGCAGACCCCUCUCAGAAGAAGGCUUAAAAAACGUAAAUAUCAGCAUUCUAUGCUACUCAGUAAAUCUAAUUCGUUGCUAAGUAAGCAUAAAGAUUUCGAAAAGUCAAUAAGUGAUUCCGAUACUAAUUCAUACGAUAAUGCAUUUAACGAUGGUACUCAUAUAAAUGCAAGUGUUAGUAUGGAAUCUAAGAAUGUAUCGCCUGUAGAAAAAUCGAUUCUACGUUCAAACUGUAAUAGUCGACUGAAAACGUCAUGUUCCAUUCAAUAUACCGAUACAGAUGAAGCUGAUGAAAUUGAAGAGGCAAUACAAAACUCUGUUGAAACUAGUAAAUUUGUAGGAGGUGAAACUGACUCAGGGAUACUGUCAGAUUCGGUUGAGUCGGCUAAACAACUCGAAACAGGCAUAAGUACACGUUCAAGUUCUAAGAAGCGUAAGACUAUGCCGGAAGUAAAACCUUUUACAAAAAAUGCAUCGUCUUUUACGGAAAACGUUGAACCUAGGAAACUACACUUUGCGAAAAAAUCUCCUGUAAAAGCAAUUAAAUCUAGUAAGUUAAUGGAAACAAGCAUUGAUCCCGAAAUAUUGAAGUUAGAUGAACAUACAGAAAAAACGGAAAAUAAAAGGGAAACAGAAUCUUCUACCUUUAACUCUACAAGUUGUACUAGAAAGAGGAAACUUCGUACAAAUGAACAUCAGGAACCGAAAAAGUGCGGUAGUCGACAAGUUUUGUUAAAAAAAUUAAGAAAUUUAAAGAAAACCAGUAAAAUUAUAAAAACGAGUCAGAAUGUUUCAGACCAUCAAAGAGUAGAACAAAACCACUUAGCCAAUGAAAAGGAAACUGUUAACGAUGAUAAUUGCGUACCUACAAAAAGACCUCGUAUCGCACAUGUCCCGAAAAGUACAGUAAUCGAACAAACAAAUUCGAUACAUAAUAGUCCACAAGUCCGGAAAUGUCAAGUAAAAGAUGUAACAAAUAUAAACGUGCAACCACAAACCGUUGCCGGUAAUAAUUCCGAAAUUGAUAUAAAUACGACAGCAGAAGAAACGAAAGUAGUGAAAACGAAAUGUAGAGAAUAUAAUGCUCCAAUUUUGAAAAUGGUAAAAGAUGAUGAUAACGAGUUAGAAAAAAAAUGUAGCAAUAAGAGAGAGGAGAUCAAAUCUAAUUUUGUAAACACUGUAAAUUCUAUCACAACAAAUGUUAUAGACAAAAAUAACGUUGACGAACUGGUCAGUACUGACGCUGAUCAUUCAUCUGAAAAUAAUUCGAAAAUAAAAGAUCCACUGGACAUAGAUGUGGAUAGUGGAUUAAGCGAAAUGAAGAUCGAAUCAAAAGAGGAAUAUGAAGGUUCGAAACAGGAAUGCGAAAAUAAUUCCCCUACUUCAAAUGAAAUAAUUACUGAAGUUGAUAAUAAUGGUAGCAUGGAAUUAAACAGCAACGAAUCUCAAGUAACCGAGAAUGCUGAUGUUCCUCAAAUAAAUUUAGAUACAUCUAACACAUGCAUUGAAGAAGUUGUAAAGAUUGAACACUCAUACGAUUCCAGUGAUCUUAAUACAUCGUUUGAAUCAAUGACACAUUGCCCGCUUGUGAAAUUGAAACAAUAUAUUAAUGAAAGUAAAAUUUUAAGAAAAGAUAGUAGAAAUGGACCAAAAAGAUUUUUCAAUGUUCGUAUAGUAACGGAUAAAUUCGUAAAGAAGCAAUUACAAAGGCUCACGGAUAGUGACUGGGACACUUCGACUCAUUUAGAUGUAUUAGAAAAAUUAAAAUCUACUUGCAGUCCUCGCAUCAUAGCGAAAGGAAUUGUAGACUUUUUAAGUACAACAGAAGAGUGCAACAAGAGUUUAGAUAACACUCACACCCCGCCUGCGCCGUUAAUGACAACAACACAGCAAAAAAUUGUCGCGUUAUUGAUUGAUUUAGAAGAAUCAAAACCAGUCAUUUUUGAGUUUGUUCAGGCUGGCAUAGAAUACAAACUCUUUAGGAUUCAUGAUAAGAACAAUGGUCAAUCACAGUGGUCAUCUGUCGUGCAGUCACUUAGUAGAAUGUACACCGUCUUAGCGCGGGUUAAAAAAGAUAGAGAAAAAGUGAGGAUAUUCUGUUGCGAUAUUCUGUAUUUUUUGGGACUUCAUGCAACAGUUGCUUUAUAUACAGUAUUUACCUGUUGGCCAGAAGUAUUUCCAAAUAACGACACAACUAACGAAUUAUUGCCAAAGUGCAUAGCGCAUCUUAUCACAGCGCAACAAGCUGCAAAGCUUCCCAAACUUAAUGCUUUAAAGAACUUAGUAUCUGUAUUCUAUAAAUAUAAAAUGGGAACAGCUUCGAAAGAUGUGUUGAAAGAACUUUUAACCUCUCUCCAAGAAAAAUCUCAUGUCGAAGCCGAAACGGCCAUCAUACUCCUGGCAAAGAGGGAAGGCCCAAAAUGGGCAUAUAAGAACAUCAUUAAGAGUGCAUUACUACCUAUGAUAAUUGAGAAUAAACUUCCAAACACGUAUAGGGCAUUUUGUUUGCUUGGUAAUCUCAUGCGCGUGCUUCCAGUACAGGACAACAAUAAUUUGGUCGGUAGAAUUGUGGAACAAUUAUGCGACUUAAGUAAAUCCGGCGAAGGAUCGGAUGAACAACAAGAAGGUGUUAUUUCAGCAUUGCUGAGUCUGUCGAGGCACAAAUUCGAUGAUGUCGCGAAAAGUGUAAUAAAUUGGACCCCAAUUGCCCCCCUCCGCGUUCGAACUUCAAUACAGAUCGAUAGUUUUUUCAAUUUACGUCCUCCGAAUUAUUGGAAGGGCUACUUAAAAAAGUGCAAAAAUUUACCAGAACCGUGUGAACAAUGCAAAACGUAAUGCGCAUAUAAUUCAUAUCAUCUUUUCUUGCGCAAACGACACGAAUUCUGUGAUAUUUAAUGAAAUAAUUUAUAUUAUUUAAAAGUUCAAAUGUUUAUGUUCAUCAUUUGUUAAUUUUUCAUUUAUUUUUCGUUUAUCAGAUAAAACGACCAUUAGCUAAUCAAAAAUGUCAAUAACAAUUUAUUGACAUUUUUUUAACUAUUCUUUUAUUUCUUUGUUUGUUGAAGUGUACGAUGUACUACUUAAUUAAUCUCCUCUGAAGACUGUAUCACGUAUGUAUAUUUAAUACUUGCCUCCCAGGCAACCAAAGAAUUUCACAAGUAAAGGAAGCAUGAUUCGUAAUAUCGAUAAAUUAGUUUUUUUGCGCUUAAACCUUAGCGAUUUUUACUAUAUAUUACUAUACAAAGAGUACCGAAAAACUUAUAACAAAAAAAUCGAUUUAUUAUGUAAUAAAGUGAAAAAAACUGGUUUUCUA